GCGGGAGGCUCCUGGCAUUUGAUUUGAUUUGAUUUAUAGACUUGGAUUUGGCCUGCAGCCUGGGACUCGCACAUCUUUAGAGAUAUGACCGAGUCAAGAUGGGAUCCAGCACACGGAAAAAGAAUGAGAAGAAGAAGGACUUCAAAAAGCCCAAGCUGAAAGUAGGAAAGGCGAAGCCAAAGCCUGCCAACUUCACCGAUACUAGUUUCAAGUCAAAGGCCAUCGUUCUUCACGAGCAGCUCAGGGAAGAUGCGCCAGAUGUGCUCGAGCGCUUCAAGCACCACCUAUCGCUCUUGACCUCAAGAACAGACAGCCAGCGCCGCGAUGCUCUGGCUUACCUGACAGGCCAAAUGUCGACAACUCCACCGUAUAACCCCGUCGGCACCCCUACGCUUAUGAUGAAGCUACUCCCGCUCAUGAUAGAUGCCACCGGCUCCGUUCGCAACCAGCUCCUCAAGCUCCUGAGGACCAUUCCCGCCCCCGAAGUGCGAUCCGAAGUCGAGAAGAUAAUGCGGUACAUUCGAGGUGCCAUGACGCAUAUAUCGCAAGAAAUCAAGGACGACGGGCUAAACUAUAUGGAUUGGCUCCUCGACGUGGCAGGGGACCAGGUCGUCGAAAGCGCUGGCUGUUGGGUCAAACCUCUAAAGGAUUUCGAGUCGGUUUUGGCCUGGACUGCCUACGCCAAAGCGACCACGACGACACCUGGAAAGGGUGGCUGGACGUCAGCUCCUCGGACAACGUUUGGAGCAAAGAAAUUUGGCGCUUCCUAUCCGAGACAAAUCAGUGUCGUGGCCAAGUUUCUAGAGUGCGGAUUCAAGAGACCGGAGCCGAUUCCCUGGGAUGCUGGGCAAUGGUUCAAGAGCUUCACACAUUUGCCCACGACUCCUGAUCCCUACGGAUAUAUCGGGCUAUUCUCAGUGCCUCGCGACGAGGACGGCAGGAUGUAUAGGGAUCGUGAGGAUCGACAGGCAAUAUUUCACAAGCAGUUUUACGACACGUUCAGUAAGGGAGUCGAAGAAGCCAAGAAGGAAGGCGGCUUGGCUGGGCGAGCCGCCGCUCAGCUGGAUAAGGUGCUCAAAGAUGGCAUGAGCGACUACGAGGACACGAAACGAUGCAAUGAAGACGAUGGGCUUUGGAGUGGCUAUAUCAUGUGAUCUAUAACAUAACUAGACGAGGUCAGUUUCCUAUCAAGAUACCCAAUUGCGCAUAUCAGUGCUAUCGGUUCUCGGCUUCCUGGUGAUAGAUAUCACAGUUGCGGCUAACCACUCUUAUUGCUCUCCCCUUUGUCUGCUUUUUCUUUGACCGUUAUCAGAUACUUUCAUUUCCAACCAACUGUGGUUGACAACUGGACUGGGAUCAUCCCAUUAUGUUUUGAAUCUAGUGAGUCUUGAGCUAGUACAGGCUCUAAAAAUCGAUGACAGGCCAGCAGAGAGCUGUCGGGCUAUACAGCAUCAAACCGAGAGCAUUGAGUACCUUGACCAAGUCUUGUAUACAAAAGCUUCCGGGUGGUCUACACAUCGCUAGACCCAGCAUCUAAUAACGUGAUUGUGAUGGUUCGUGCUGUAUCUGAUCAGGCACUUCGGUGUAUAGUUACGUACAUACCGUAUUCUAGAGGAUCUCAAGACUGUUUCGCUUUGUACGAUCC